GGCAGUAGUCAACCCGCGAUUCUGAUCGCAUCAACCACUUUGCACCUGUGAUCAUGCUCGCCGCCAAUCUCUCGUGGGCAGACAAGGCAAUCCUUUAACUUGCGCGGGCUCCCGGAGAUCCUUACUCGCCGUUACUAUGAUAGCAAGGCUGAAACAAGGUUGAACGGCAUCGGCGGAGCGGCCGUCUUAGUAUAUAUGCAUGAUUCCCCGACCAUACUGUACAUUGCUGUCUGCUAGCAGCGCACCGACAUGGCGAUGGAUCCCACCUCGUUGAAGCAACUCAAAACGCGCCGCGGCAUCAACUACAGCUACUUUGUCUCGACUGGACAGCCUUCUAGUCUAACUUUGCUCCUGCUUCAUGGCUUCCCCUCCACUGCAUACGACUGGCACCUUCAGCCGCUGGAUCCAUUGCUCUACAAGCAGAGCGAGAUGAGUAAGGAUAUCAUUGACAUCCUCGAUGCCGAGGAUGUCGAGAAGGCUAUCGCGAUCGGACACGACUGGGGGUGUGCCUUGGUGUCGCGUCUCGCGAAUUAUUUCCCCGAACGCUUCAUCGCGUUCGCGUUCCUGGCUGUUGGAUACAUGCCCCCUUCCGUCCCCUUCGACUACGAGGCUGCCUUGGCCAUCACUAAACAAAUCUUAGGAUAUGAAGCGUACGGAUACUGGGAGUUCUUUGUGAGGGAUGAAGAAGCAGACCAGAUAAUCAAAGACCAUUGGGAGUCGUUUUUGACGCUCUCAUACCCGUCCGACCCCACCAUCUGGCGCACGCACCUGUGCCCUCGAGGCGGUAUCAAAGCACACCUGUUAAGCGGAGAUAUUGCUCCAUCUCCAUCCUACCUGACCGAAACUGCAACCAUCUCGACCGCCAUCCUUUCCGGUGGUCUUAAAGGAGCCUUCAACUGGUACCGGAUCAUGCUCGACGGUAUCACGGACUCAGACGACAAGCAGAUAUCAGAGUCGAGGCAGACUAUCACGCAGCCGGUGUUCUUCGGCGCGGCAAAUCGCGACUACGUCUGCGUGCCGGCGCUGGCGCUGGCGCGUAUGAAAGAGUUUUGUCCGGACUUGACUGUGAAGGAGUUUGAUUUAGGGCAUUGGGUGCAGCUCGAGGCUCCAGACGAGGUCAAUUGCGAGUUGGCGGCUUGGAUUCAAGGGGUGACGAAGGCUAAAUUGUAGAUCGAAUGCAUGUGUAUCUGUGUUGGGUCUUUCAAA